AUGGGUUGUGUAUGCAAUUGUAAAUCUUCUAAGACAUCAAAUUAAAAUACUUAACUGUAAUUUAAUGUUGCUGAACAAUAUAGAAGUAAGUUCUUAGUAUAUUUAUAGAUAACAGGAAUAUAAAUACAUAAGAUAGUUUAGAGGAUAUCUGCCAAUCUCUUUGCAAUAUUGGCUAAGAAAUAAAAAGUUUGGGUUAAUUGAGAAUUGAGGUCCAGGAGAAGAUUGAUGAGUUAGGAACUUUUAAGGCCAUAGAAUAGAUUGACUCUAAAGCUUCUUGUUAUUAAUUUCUUUAAUGUGCUGAUGGUUCUAUAUUCUAUGGUUUGGUAAAAAAUGGUGUUCGAAACGGAAUCGGAAAAUAACAUUGGUUGACCAAUGGAAAUUAUUUAGAAAGGUAAAUAUUCCAAUAUUAAUUUUAGUGUUUGGGCAGAUGAUAAAGCUAAUGGACCAGCCAGAAUGAUCUAUUCAAAUGGAGAUGUGUAAUUUAUUCAUUUAUUUUUAGUUUUGAAGGACACUUAAUUGAGAAUAAAGCUAAUGGUUUUGGAAUAUUCAGAAAUAAAAAAAAAGAAGUUAGAGGUAGAUUUUUUAGUUAUUUAAGGGUUUUGGGUUGAUAACAGACUCUAAGGUAAUGGGCUAGAAGUGAGAAAAAAUGGAAUUAAAUAUGAAGGUUAAUUUAAAUGUGGAAUAAUUGACGGGAGAGGGUAGUAUACGUUUCCGGAUGGUAGAAUGUAAAUAUAUCAACACAUUUUAGAUAUCGAGGAUAAGUUAAAUAAGGAAUGAUGCAUGGAGAAGGCUUGAUGACCUGGCCUGAUUAUAGUUAUUUCAAAGGUGAAUUUCGAAAUAAUCAUAUCAAAGGAUAUGGGUGUUAUACUCAUACUGAUUCUUAAACCUAUAUGGGAUAUGUAUGGACUAUUUUUCUAUAUUCAGUUUUUUUCUAAUUACCACCAACCUGUUAAAUAGUUAGAGAUAUUUUAUAGUCAUGAUCAAUGUGUAUAAGAAAGUGAUAAACUAUAAAAGUUCUAUAAACAAUAUGGUGGAGACCAUCAAUGAUUC